AUGAAAAGAUCCCGCGUUGAAGAGCACGAUAUUUAUAAAUCUCACGUACGUCGUGAAGCUUUCCAGCCCCAAGUUUUGGGAUCAGGAACUACAAUGAACAUAUCCCAGGGUUACGAAAUUGCAGAUAGCCUUUCGUUCCCAACGCAAAUGGCAACAGGUCAAGCUUUUCAGCAAGUCACAACUGUUGGCCAUCCAGCUCCACCAACUCUUGCUCAAUCAACGCACGCACAGACGAUAACACAAGUCCAUGUCCCACAGGCCCAGCAUCAGCAAUUUCAACGCUUAAAGGUGGAGGAUGCACUAUCAUAUCUGGAUGAGGUUAAGCGACAGUUUGGCAAUCAGCCACAAGUAUACAACGAUUUUUUGGAUAUUAUGAAAGAUUUCAAGUCACAAAGCAUCGAUACGCCUGGUGUCAUAAAUAGAGUAUCCAACCUGUUUAAAGGUCACCCAGAUCUCAUUAUGGGGUUUAAUACGUUUUUACCGCCAGGGUAUAAAAUAGAAGUUCAUUCUAACAGUGCUGCAUCGCCUCAUCAUACCACUACGACUGUCACGUACACGAACAAUCAGCAGCAGUUUCGUGUGCCUCAUCAGCAACAGUCACCGCAGCCCCAAACGCAACAACAUGCGCCACCUGCACCGAUUCAACAACAACAACAACAGCAGCAGCAACAACAAAAUCACAAUCAGCAACAUCCCGUACCUGUAUCGCAGGCUAAUACACAGGCACAUCCUAUGGAAUUUAACCAUGCAAUAAAUUAUGUGAAUAAAAUUAAGAACCGCUUUAAAGAACAACCGAAUGUUUACAGGGAUUUUUUAGAGAUUUUACAUUCAUAUCAAAAAGAGCAAAAGAGCAUUAGAGAGGUUUAUAGUCGCGUAGCUGAGUUAUUUCAAGAUAGCAAGGACCUUUUAAAUGAAUUUAGCCAGUUUUUACCGGAUGGUAGCGGCGCUCAUCUUAGCCUCUCUGAUAUGGUUCCUUUUCCCAUUGAUAGUGCACUCAUCGCAGAGCAAGAGCAAAAAGAAACACUCUCUCCGAAGAAACAAAAUCAUGAGAAGCUUCUAGUUAAUAAAAAGCCCACUACGAGUAAGCGCAGCUCUAACAAUAAUUCCACGACCGUCACUAAUUUGCAAGUUUCUGGAAAAAAACGAAAUAAAGGAGCGUUGAAGGAUGUAUCACUAUCGGAGGCAUCGAAGCAUGGGACAUUCAAUGAACUUGCAUUUUUUGAUAAGGUUCGCAAGGCAUUCCGUAAUCAAGCGGUGUACGAUAAUUUCUUGCGCUGUUUAACUUUAUUUAACGAAGAAGUUAUAACUCGAUCGGAAUUACUCACUUUAGUAACGCCUUUUUUAGGUAAAUUUCCUGAGUUACUUGCUUGGUUCCGAAUAUUUAUUGGCCAUAAAGAGCCAAACAACGUAGACCAGCAACAACCUGGAAGUAAAGAUCGCACUAAUAAUGAAAUAACAAUGGAAAUCGAUUUUUCUACGUGUAAACGCUAUGGCGCUAGCUAUCGUGCUUUGCCGAAGACCUUUAAUCAACCAAAGUGCAGCGGAAGAUCGCCGUUAUGUAAAGAGGUAUUAAACGAUACAUGGGUAUCAUUUCCAUCAUGGUCAGAAGAUUCCACUUUUGUUAGUUCACGUAAAACUCAAUUCGAAGAACAUAUUUAUCGCUGUGAAGAUGAACGUUUUGAGCUUGAUAUAGUUAUUGAGGCUAACGCGGCAACUAUUAAAGUACUUGAAUCUGUGCAAAAAAAAUUAUCUCGCAUGAAUCCAGACGAAGUCAGCAAAUUUCGUCUUGACAACCGAUUAAGUGGUACUAGCGAUGUCAUUUAUAGGAAAGCUAUUCAAAGGCUUUAUGGCGAUAAGGCAAUUGACAUCAUAGAUAGCCUUAAAAAGAAUCCUUCAGUCGCAGUUCCGAUAGUUCUCAAAAGGCUAAAAGCAAAGGAUGAAGAGUGGAGAGAAGCUAGGAGAGGUUUUAAUAAAGUUUGGAAAGAUAUUAAUGAAAAAUAUUAUUUGAAGGGAAUUACUUUUAAGACAAAUGAUCUAAAGGCUUUACGAUCAAAAAAUAUGAUAUCUGAAAUUGAAAACAUCUUCGAGGAGAGACGAUCUCAGAUUCGCGACGGUGAACCACCGAAAUUUCACUUAUCGUUUGCCUGUGAGGAUAAGUCAGUAUUGGACGAUGCUGCUUCUCUUAUUAUUCAUCACAUGAAAAGGCAAACUAAUAUUCAUAAGAACGACAAAACGAAGAUAAAACAGAUUUUAGGAAUUUUUAUUCCCGACUUUUUCUUCGCACCAAGAGGAGAAAUGAGCGAUGAUGAAGACAAUAGUAGCGGAGAUGAUGAUAAUGGAAACAACUCCGGUAGAGUCAAAGGAAGUCGCUCAAAUGGCAUUACCGAGUCCGCAACCAAUGAUGAUACGGAUGACGUUUAUUCUCUAUAUUUUGUUAAUAACCAAUGGUAUGUCUUUUUCCGCCUACAUCAGACUCUUUGUGAACGUCUGUGUAAAAUUUAUCAUCAAGCAAUCGCUCUAGCAGAGGAGGAAGCUGCUAAUAAACAUAAUAGAAAGGAAGCUGUUGCGGUUGCUCUGCGAUUAAAGCCGUCAAAUGAUGUAGAUAUGGAAGAGUAUUAUCCGCAUUAUCUCGAUAUGGUUCGAAAUUUGUUAGACGGCAAUCUAGAUUCAAGCGCCUUUGAAGAUCAGUGCCGAGAAAUGUUUGGGACACAUGCAUAUCUUAGCUUUACUGUCGAUAAACUAAUUCAAAGUCUUGUUCGACAAUUACACGCAAUUGUUGGUGAUGAGACCUGUAUGAAAGUCAAGCAGUUAUUUUCCUUGGAACAAGUUAAUGGUGGUGCGAUUGGUAGUAGAUUAAAUAUUCCUGCAAAUGCAACGGCUGAAGUGACUUACCAAAAGAAAGCCGAACAAAUUAUUGGGGAAGAUACGAACUGCUACAGGAUUAUGUUGUGGCGUGAUGGUAACCGUUUAACCAUCGAGUUGUUAGAUACUAUUAAUGACAAUUCGGAUGAAAACACUGAUACCGCAGUAGCAGAGCCAGAAGAGGAAUGGCAAGCUUAUGUCAAUAAAUUCGUAGUCAGUCCAAACAUUCCGAGUAGUAACCAAAUAUCUGAUAGAAAAGUCUUUUUGCUAAGAAAUAGAAGUAGAGUUCGUAGUUCCUCCUGUGUACAAGGUUUAAGUAAACGAGUUGGUGAUGACAGCAAUGCCACUGGUCUUGCUCUUCAGAAGGAAGAAACGGAAGACCAACUAGCGAAGUUCUUGCUAAUGUUCUACAAAAAAUAUAAUUUACAAUAUACCUUCAACAUAAAUUCUUACCAAAUUUCGUAUAUAAGUGGAACUGGUGAUUUAUUAUAUCGUUAUGGAUCUUUACCGAAAGUUCGUCAGGUCAACCAAAGUUUAAAACAGAGACAAUCUUUGAGAUUUAAGAAAUGGUUGGAUGUAUGGCAUAGUGAAAAAACAAAUACGAAAGACAUGUUAAAGUGUAGUGAAUGGUUAGGCUUCAAGUAUGUUUCUGUCGGCGAACACGAACUAAAGGAAGAAUCAGAAGGGUACAGUAAACCACAGAGUAAAAAAAUAAAAUUGGAUACUUCUUAA